ACGCUUGUCCACAUUACUGAAGACACAACGGUCAAAACGCAGUCUUGUUGUGCAUGAUUAAUCGCCAAAUCUGCUCGCAUAAUAAUAGACCCUUGCAGUGCAAGGGGAUGGUAUUCCAUAUUCCAUAGACUAAAUUUAGGGUAUACGAUGUCUCGAAGUUCAAGUUGCAAUGUGUUUCUUCGUCAGAUGCUGUGUAGAACACGAUAACUGUUACAAAAGAGCUGUAACGAAAGACAUCUGCAGGGUCUGGGAUACCUAUGCAGUUUGGUACAAAUUUGAGGAAAACACUGACGCGUCUGGAAAGUGCUCAAUCAAAUGCAAUCAGUUGCAAUGAAGGCUUUUAGUUUUACACGCAUUGUGCUUAUGGUGUGCGUGGGCUGCGUCUUCCCAGUUGAAGCGGUGCCGAUUGGUCCUGAGAGCGUGGUCGGGUUCGGUGAGAUUGUUAUGUGCUUGGGGGAUCUGGGCUUUUCCGAAGGGUUGGCUUACGACGGCUACGGCUGUUACUGCGGCAUAGGAGGCCAGGGCACACCGGUGGAUGAAACCGACAGUUGCUGUCAAGAGCACGAUGACUGUUACGGUAGAGCUGUAACAGCGGAGGGCAACUGCAAUACCUUGGAAACCUACGCCAUUCCGUACAGCUAUACAAAAUACACUGAUGAAUCUGGAAAAUGUGCCAUCAAAUGCAAGGCAGAGGCUGACUACCCUUGGUAUUCCAUCAAUCCCAAAUGCGAAGCCUUCAUGUGUGAAUGUGACCGCAUGGGGGCGCAGUGCUUCGCUGACAAAAGGUCUUCAUAUAACCACGACUUCGUCGACUAUGACAAAAACAGCUGCUAAAUACUGAGACAUCUUCCUGAGGUUGCACCGAAACAGAGUGAUUUCAAAUUCGGAGAUAGCCUAUCAGGGAUUAGUUCUUAGCUUGUAUAAUUGAUUGUUUAAAUUUGGUUUACCUAUGGUUGAAACGUAAUUGUUCGGCCUCAGUUGGAAAUUGAUUAACCAAUAUGAUUAACCAAUACAAAUUUUCCGCAAGACAUUUAACAAAUGCCUCUGACGGCAACUACAGAUGAGCAUUUUUUAAGCUUUCUUAUGAUUCCAUUGAGAUAUUGUUACGGUACGGGCUGUGAGAUUGUCUUGACUCCAAAUGCUGCACGCUCGGCCAUUUUGUAUGUAGUUGCAACAAACGGAUAACCGCAAUUCCCGCCCAAUCAUUUCACUGUGAAUGUAAUUAAAAAAAAUUGUUCAAAAAAAUUGAGCAUAAAAAGGGGCCCUUUACACUAAUGCUCAUGAGAUUUUAUAUAAAGACUCCAUCUAUUUCUUUGGAAAGAAAGGCUAAAAUUACACGGAUUAAAUACAAAUCGUCUUUAAACUUAUCGUAAUGUUGAGGAAAUUAAAAGAGUAGACAUAGGUAACCGCA